UUGAUUCAUGAAUUCAUACAAGAGGAUUUGUUUACCUUUUUUAUGAUACGCAGAUUACAGGGUUCAUCAAAUUAGUCGUUGGUGGCUGCUGUUUGUGGUGUGAGGCCAGCUUUUGCUUGUUCAUCUGAACAAGAACUCUGUAUUUUGUACACUGUGGAUCAGGAAUCGCCGUCCUUGUUUGUGUAGAAAUCUUUUCGGUCCAGCUUGUGUUCUCAUGUCCUUUUGUGUGUCUUGUAUUUUAUUGUGGUAGGAUUCAAUGACGUUUGAAUCGGUGUUGGACUGGCUAUUCUUUAAUCUGCCUGGCAAUGAACUCCCCCUCAAGUAAUCCAACGCUGGCACCAGCACCACUUCCUCUCUUGCAGAGCAAAGUUUACAUCAUUGAUCCUUUGCCUGCAUUCUGUGAUUUACUUGUUUAUAUGUGACGUGGCUGUCACACCCAAGGCCACUGGUGAGAUCAACCUGACUAUGUGAGCAAUCACAUGGAUAAUCGGAGAAGUGGAUCUCGAUAGGGAGCAGGAAGGUUUGCUUCCUUUCCUUUGUUUGUCUUAUAUAUUUCUCUUCUGUUUGAUGCUUCUUUCCCUGAUGUGGAUCCAUUAUGUAGCCUAGACCUUAGGCUUCCUCUUCAGAUGUUAUUUCGGCCAAUACUAUUGAUGAUUCAUGAACUUGCUGGUUUGUCUCUUCUUUUCCAAUAUUGUAUAAAUGUUGAAGUGUUGAGUUUGUCUCUUCUUUUCCACUUAUACAGGUGCUGAUUGGUUGAUUAAUCAGGUGUUGCUUUUUUUAUGUUAGAAUCAUGUGAUGAUUACAUUGUUGGUAUGUGAUGCAGGAGCUGAAGGUUCUGUUGUUGUAUCGUCCAUAGUCAAGGACAAUUGGGUGUCACAGAGUUGUGAACCUUAGGAGGUGAAGGUGUGCACUGAGUUGUUGGAAGUUAGAAUCGGUGGCCGGAGAGAAGAGAAUGUGUCACCGGAUGAUGGGCUGUUGUCGCAAGUUGCAUGGAUUGGUCAAUACAGGGAACAGCAAGAGAGGGAUACUGGUAAAAUGCUGAAAGCUGUUCUACGAAAAAGUUGUCAAAAACUUGGUUGGAGAGCACCACAAAAUAUCCGAGAGAGAUGGCAAAUUUGUAUAUUCUCUGUUAAUGUGUUAUGGGGAGGUACUGGCUGUGGGUGAAAGUAGGAAGGCUGGAGAAUCCAGUUACCUGAACUGGAUGAAGAAUAUGGAUAUGUUCAGGUUAUAACUUUUUCUGUUACUUUGUAUGAUAUAUCUUCUCACAAAUACUUUGGUUCAGCUAAUUAUUAUUCUGGUAAGGCACUUGUCUCCAUGAUAAUAAUUAUCAUUAUAUGUGCAUGAUAUACUGAGAUAUCAGUGCGUAACAGCGUAACAAAUCACAGAAUAUUAUCCUAUAUCUUAUCUAAAUUGCUAUUAUUGAACCAAUUUUAUGAACAGGAAGCACAAAGUCGGGUUGCGGCUUUUGCUCUAUAUCAGUAAUCAGUUCAUUGCUGACCUUCCACUACGGCAACUGCUAACUGAGCCAUACUCAUCACUUAUUUUAAUAUGGCAAGACGGUUGGAGCUACAGACUGCAUCAUAAUGGGUCUGGUCUUCGAGCUACAAAUUGCAUAUUUUUAUGAAACAGGCGAAUUGUCGUCAGCAUCAAGGGUGCUGGGUACCGAGGAUCAGGCUUUGUAGAUAUAUUAUUUAAUACAGCUGCAGACACAAUUCCUUCAUCUGAAAUAGAAGUGGUGGCAAGUCUGUAGAUUCUGAGAAUACUGGAGGCAGCAAAUCUUGGAAGGUUGUCCACUCAUGACAGACAUUACUUCCUCGGCAGUGGGCGUCAGUAAGGGAAUCAAACCGGAUCGUUGCCAUCCUUGGGUUUUUUUUUGUGCUACAGUGUGUGCAUGUAUGCAUCAGAUAUAAAUAAGGUGAUGACUAUCCCUGGCCCCCUAUUAGUAUCAUCGAUCCUGCUAAUCAAGUGCUUUUGUAUCCACCAGUAGCUUGACCAACUUGACUGUCCAGUCAUGCUAGAUUGGAAUCAGUAGAGGUAUUAUAUUGUCUUUGGGACAUUAUUGACCGUUCUAGAACACCAUGUAUCUUCUUGUAAGAGCAAAACCCUAAUUCGCAUAUUUGGAGACUCCUCCAGCUCUGGCCAGUACUCUGCAAAACCGGCACAUGAAACUUUAUUUCAGGGUGCCCGUUUCAAUCCUAUGAAUAUAUAUACAUGUUUAUGUGUCCACUUGUGCACAACCGAUGCUGUGGAUCGCAGACUCGCAGUUCCUUUGCCGCCUGAUUGGUUCACGCGGAUGGCUGCAGCUGCAAUUCAUAGAGAUAAAACAUUGUAGAAGCAGUAGAAUUCGGUACAGAUUAAAAUUAAGCGAACAAAACUCUUUUGUGUUUAGGAUAAUAAAUACGUAGUGAAAUCACAGUGCACACCUAUGUAGAUAUAUAUUCUAUAGGCUUUAAGUAAGGAUUUAUUUGGUCAUUAGUUUUUAAGUUGUCUAAUUCACUCUUUAUUUCAAACAGGUAAUGUCUUGAUCGCUAGUGGGUCAUUUCAACUGGUGUGUUGAAGCAUAUGGAUCUCUUCGCUGCUUUGGUUUCGUUCGUGGACUAACCUGCAUGUAUGGAUCUCUUCGCCGCCUAGGAGAGUCACUUCUGGGAGUAAUAUGGUUGUUUCUGUUGCCUCUGAUGCUAAGCUUCGUCAAGUUGCAAACGAUUUUUACAUAAUUAACCGAUUGCAAACUUUGGUGAAGAUUCUUGUGAGACUUGUCUUCGUCGAGUUGCAAACAGCUUGGAAUUCUGAUCUCUAAAGAAAUGGCGGCCGUGUUUUUUAUAAUGGAUCAAGAACAGAAUGUCACAGGCCAGCAAGACGCUCAUAUUGUCCGUCGCUCUCCUCGUGUAGAAAACAAGAGAAAGCAAUUAGAUAAAAAUGAAUUGAAGGAAAUGAGGAAGAGGUUAAGGUUGAAAGUCCCUCCUAUACAAGAUACCGAAAGUGAUGAUGAACAAGACCCAGAGUUUGUUCCUGGUGGCGAUGGUUCUGGCGAUGACAAUGUUGGUAUUGUUGGUGGUGAUGAAAAUAAGGGUAUAACUAAGACACGAGCUAUACGAUGCUCACCUGGGAAGUUUAUAAAGCUUGUGAAUGCUCUAUCUGAUGAAUUGAAAAGUGAAGUAGUUGCUAAGGGGUUUGGCGGCCUGCUGAGAUUCAAGCCGCACUUAUUGUCCAGAAAGUUGCUCAGCUGGCUGAUGCGGAAGCUUAACCCAGAAACGAUGAAAUUAGAGAUUGGUGGUGGAAAAGAGAUUCCAAUCAUUGAGCACAGUGUUUGGUGUGUUUUGCAGUUACCAAACGUUGGCAGUGAUCCGCCCCCCAUGUCUGAUGCAGAUGCUCGUGCCUUGCGGGACGAGCUGGGGGAGCAAAUUUGUGGCAAAUCUUAUAGACGCAUAUCUGGUAUCAAUAUAUCUGUUAUCACUGAUAGACUGCAGAAGAGGAUUCUCACUGGGGAGCUGGGCCUGAGAGCCUUUUUCAUGGCAGCAUUUCAGUGUCUGCUAUUCUCCAACACUGACACUCGCAUCAGGAUUGAUGAUGUAAAGUACACUCAGGACAUUCAGAACAUGGGCAACAAGAACUGGUGCAAAGAUGUAGUAGACAGGCUCAACAUAGCUGCUCGUCUUUAUAGAAAGGAUUUUGCGGAGAAAGGCAUUAACGCACCCAUCAGUGGAUGCGGGAUCUUCGUAGCUAUGCUUUAUGUCGACAACCUGCAGCAUAGAUUUGACACAAGUCCUUUUUCAAUCCGUCGAUGUGCUUUCUUGGACUCCAAGAUGAUUGAUGCGAUAGCAAAUAAGGAUCUCAGGGGAGAUGUUCCUCCUGGCACCACUGAGUUUGGACACCUCAGGGAACUACUUCAAAUGUACCGGAAGACCAAUCUGGAGGAGGUGAUACUGAAGAAAUACAGUUGGAUUACAGUGGUGGAGAUCUUGAUGACAUCUUAGAUUUUAUGAGAACCUCAUCGUGUGGUGAUGACAUUGAUCUGCAAGAGAGAAAUUUAAACAGAACAGCACCUCCUGAUUUACAUGGGGCAAUCCGAAGUCUUGAUGAUAUCUUGCAAAUGAUGUAUUCCCCACAGCACUUUGCAGGCAUUGAUGGCGAGUCCCCUCCCAAUAGCCAGCCAACUCGUGCACCACGAAUUACUGUUCGCAAGAGGAAGGCUUCCUCAAACCCCCUGGCAAUGAUCAACGGCCUGUGGAUCAUAUAACUUACUCAAGGAGGAGCGAUAGGUCCAUUCAAGUUGCCAACACACAGAAGGCAGAGGCUGAGAAGAAGGCUGAGAUUGAGAUGAAGAAUGCUGAAGCUGAGGAGGCUGAGAAGAGAAAGACUGAAGCCGAACAAGCUGAUAAGAAGAAGGCAGAAGAAGCUGAGAAUAAGAGAAAGACUGAGGCCGAAGUAGCUGAGAUCAUGAGAAAGGCUGCAGCUGAAGAAGCUGAGAAGAAGAAGGAAGAAGAAGCUGAGGAUAAGAGAAAGGCUGAGGGUGUGUUUGGUUUGACUUUUAGCUUUGGCUUUUGCCCCCCUAAAAGUCAAAAGCCAACCAAAGGGCUGAAUCUAGGAAGCAACUUUUUUUAAAAGCCGACUUUCUCGUAGUGCAAAUCUGAAAGUACCCCUGGACCUGCUUUUAGUGGCUUUUCGGAUGGAACUGUGAAAACAUAUAUCGAAGAAUUUUUAACAA